GUCCUCGGUAAACCAGAUGCACAACUCACGGAAGAGACUCUUACACUAGGCCUGGAUGAAAGGCAAGCCGAAGAUGAUAGAUUACAGGCACUUGAUUAUCUCAACAUGCUAGUUCACAAUAUCGACGAUACGAAUGACCUGAAGAGACUAGUGCUAUGGAAAUCCCUACACAACCUCCUCCUAGUAUCCAGUAUGAACGACACCCUCGAAAUGCAAACUCUUCGGAUAAUUGGAACUGCACUACGAAACAUCCCAGCUGCUCAGCUCGCCUAUCUCCACCUCGACCCCCUCCCCACGUUCCUCAAAUUCCUCUCCCCCUCUUCAAACUCCCCCGAAACCCGCUCGCGAGCCCUAUGCGCGCUUUCUGGUCUACUGAAACUGAACGCUGCUGCUGUGCAAAUGAUUGGUAUGGUGGGUGAAUGGAGCGCGUUGAGGAUGUGUCUGGAAUACUCGGAAAUCCAUGUCCGCAAACAAAUAACGUUCCUGCUCAACACACUCCUCCCAACCUCCUCUUCUCAAGUUAACAACCAAACAUGAGCUUCCCAACCUCAGAAACCGCACCACCCCCAAUCCACGCGAAUUCCCAUGCCUCGAUGUUCUCUGAUCCGCCGUCCAUCUCUAUGUCUGCUCUCACGCUCGCUACGAUUCAGGAGGAGGGAGAGGUGGUGGGUCUUUGUCCUUGCUCAAUGCGUUGAUAUCAGCCUUGAUCGAACCUGUCCCGUUCGGUGUUGAAGACGAGAUGGAUAAGGAUGAGGAAUUUCAGGAGAAUGUCUUGAAUGAGUCCGAUCCCUUCCCACCUUCCACUCCCG